CCUGUUUGUGUUAUACGUGUAUCUUUAAAGUUGUUUUAUUUAUUAUAAUAAGUAAUGAGAAAUGGGAGCAUGGAGUGGUUUACUUCUUAGCGGUAUUGAAGGAAGCAAAGGGUUCCUGCAUCAACUGUAUGCAGCAUCAGGAAAUUUCUGGCAGAACCUAUGGGAUAGUGUGUAUAAAUUGUUUGGAAGGAAUGAUUUUGCAGUUGGAGUUAUAGGAUCAAUUUUAUUUACUAACGGUGUAAUAUGGGGUGCUAAUGCUUUAUUUCUUGUACUAGACAUAACUGGAAAACCAGGUUUUUUGAUGAAGUAUAAAGUUCAAAUGGACAAAAAUGUACCUGUUGAUAGAAAGAAGUUAAAGAAGGCUGUGAAAAUUGUUCUUUUUAAUGGAUUUGUUGUUGCAUUUCCAAUGACAUUGUUAGGAAUUUACACGAUGAAAUUGCGUGGAUGUGCUUUUAGCGGUGACCUACCUACAUUUACCCGUGUGGUGGUAGAAAUAAUAAUGUUUAGUUUAGUUGAAGAAUUUGGAUUCUACUAUUCUCACAGGUAUAAUAAGGCUAAUAUAUGUACCAAGCUGAGGGGUAGUCACACUCAGAAGUCGAGAGCAAAUCAUACCACUAUGUUACAAAACCAAAACUAG